UGACAAAUACCUAGUGCAACUGCUUCUUGGUUAGUGAAGAAUUUUUUCAAGUCCAAGGCUUGAGUGGCUGAUAUGAAGGUGGCUUCCAUGAGGGAAAUGGUGAAGAAAGAAUUGAAAUGUGAUGUAAGUCUUGAACAAAAGAGAAAGACUAAGACAAUGAUGAAAGCUAAAAAAGGGAGAUGAGGAAGAGUACAGGAACUUGGAGGAUUAUAAGGAAGAAAUACUUAGGUCCAAUCAGCGUAUAGUAAUACUUGCAUCCUAAAUCUAAGGCAUUCUAGCCCAGUAUUUGAUAGAUUUUAGGUGUGCUUUCAUGCAUGUAAAAAGGAUUCCUUGAAGGGUGUAGAAGACUGAUAGGUAUAGAUGGGGCAUUUCUGAAAACUGAGUGAAGGGUGAAAUUCUAACAACGGUAGGAAGAGAUGCAAACAACCAAAUGUUCCCAAUUGCAUGGGCAGCUGUACCUUCUGAGACUAAAGCCACCUGGAAGUGGUUUAUAGAGUACCUCAGAGAAGACUUGAAUAUUGGAAGGGGUAAAGAUUGGACUUUUGUUUUGGAUCGACAAAAGGGGUUGAUGCCAGCUUUAUAUGAGACCUUACUUGAUGUUAAACACAGAAGAUGUGCCAGGCACAUUUAUGCAAUUUGGAGAAGAAGUCAUGGUGGGUUGGAGUUGCAAAGGCAAUUCUGGAAGUGCUGCAAAUCAGCCUCAAAGAAGGAAUUUGAACUCAAUCUAGAGAUGUUAAAAAAGACCUUCUUCUACAACUUUAUCCCAAGCAAGGUUGAAGAAGAGGCGUGCAUGGCCGGCACCGGCACGUGGCAAGUGCAACGUACGCUGUUGGAGCUGCGUGACGUCUUCCCGCCGCCGAUGGUGGAUCCGGCGAACCCAUGGCAGAUCAGGAAAGUGCUAACGCAUUACGAGGCGAUCGCCGGGAAGCUGGUGGUGCCGUUCGCCGACGCGUUUGACCACGUUUUCCGGUACUGGGGUCUUUGCAUGGUCAACCAGGUGGUUAUGGGGCAGAAGAGCAACGUCGUACUUUGGGACGUGACGGACCAAAAUAGCCCUAAGAGGUACGGCGGCUGGUUCGAAGUUCUCCCCGGCGACGACUACAUUCUGGCGUGCAUGGAUCUGUUCAAAGAGCGGGGCAUGGCGGUGGAGGACGAGGUUGGACUUUAUUGGGAUUUCAAGAGUUCAGCUUUUCACUUCAAGCUACUUCACAAGAUUGUCAAGUGAUUAUUAUUCAAAAAUUGUUCUCUUACACACUUUAUUAUAUACUAGUACAACGCAUGUCAAUAACUAUUUUUUGUCUCUGAAUAGGUUGUUUAGUUUUUACAGACAAAAAAUAGAUGUUCACAUACGUGUAGGUGAGACCCAUCCAUCGAUUAUCACGCUGGACUCCAAAGGAGUGUUACCCUUUUGACUUGAGUUGAGCCACCGACCUAUGACCUGUGUCCAUUCACUACAAACAAAAAUACGGAAUUGUGAAGGAUUUGGCAAGGAUUUAGCGAUAUUUUAUGCCAAA